AGAGCAGAUGUUUCAUCACAGGUCGGAGUGUACACAAUCAGCGCAUUGAGAGGCUUUGGCGUGAUGUGUGGCAGUCAGUGGCAUGCAACUAUCAUUCAGUGUUUCAGUACCUGGAAUCUACAGGCUCACUAGAUCCUGACAACGACAUCCACCUGCUGUGCCUGCACUAUGUAAUGGUGCCCAGAAUCARUGCUCACCUAAAUGUCUUCAGGAGCACUUGGGACAGACACCGCAUUUCCUCUGCUGGAAACCGUUCUCCUGACCAGCUGUGGAUAUCUGGGCAGUUGACAAGUGAAGUGGAACCAACUCAGCAAGUCAGCCUCAGUGAAUGGGGUGUCGMCUUUGAGGGACCUUUACCACCAUCUGAUCCAGCUGCUGACAUUAUUGUCCCAGAACACCCAGUGUUGCUACAAAAUGAUGUCAACAGAAUGUUAAUGGAUCGUAUAGACCCCUUAGCUGCCAGCUCAUGUUUUGGGGCAGAUGUGUACAUGGAAGCACUGAGACUGGUUGGAUGUUAGAUGGUCCUGUUAAAGUUUUCUUUGCUUUGACCUGAUUUUUUGUUUUUGGCCAAACUAGAGAAGAUUUUGCUAUGUCUGAGGUCCAGUCGCACUCCUUUUCUGCCUAAGCUGUCAUACUACACAAAAGUGAAUUAGCACAGAUCCAGCUGUAUCACCCUGCGGUACACAAAAUGUAAUUGUGCUGCUAAGUAUUGAAUGAAAGUGAUUGUUUGGCUCCAGCUGAGUAUCUUAUGCACACUUUGCACUUUUUAUUGUUAUGAUGUUACUGCUGCUCAUGUAUUUGUCUAUUAAAUAUAUUUUUACUGAA